UAAGUAGACCUGGCGGUCGUCCAAUUUGAGCUUCAACCGGGUUCGAUUCUGCGACCUAUGAUGCUAUUUCUCCGAUUGGCUUGUCUUUGCAUUUUGCAUUGAUUGAGCUCUGCAGACUGUGUAUUUCUCCGAGGGGCCCAAGCAUUGCAUGCGGAGAAGAGGUCAAGUCACGGGGUGGUUGAUGGUUGCUUGCUUUGUCUAUUCGUGUUCUUCCCCGCCUUUUGCUCUUCUCCUCACUCCAUGCACAUCAUACUCCUUUGCCAUCUACCAAUCUAUGGACUACCCCUCACGGUGGCUAGAUGCAUGCAUCAUGCAGCAAUUCUCCGAGGGUUUUCUCCGGUUGCCUUACCAAGCAAUGACAAGCUUUGUGCAUGCUGUUCAGGACUACUUUUGGAGUCUUGUCUGGCUCUUCACCCCACACCCUACGCAAUGGUUCGAGAUUCCAAACUUGGAUGCUGCGAUAGCCACUUGAAUUAAUGGCUCUGUUUUGACCUGAACGGUUUCUCCGUCGCCUUCAACCCUCAUUGUCAUUGAUACAACGAUUGUCUCUA